GUCACCUCAAACCAUCCCCGUGCAUCGUUGAGGUUUGUGUCUUCAAUAUAAUCGGCUGUUGAGAACUGCCAUAACUACGGCAGCCUAACUCUACCCUCGACCACCACUGACAUAUUCCAGCCACCCACUAUGCACAGCUAGCUCCCCCCUGUGUGUGAGAUAUCACUGUGUUUGUCGGUCUGUCUAUCACAGGGAUUGCCAUCCGGAAUGGCUUCUACUACCAGCAUGGAGGCUGCAUGGGGCACCAAUGGAAUAGACUACGCUGACGUUCUUAGAAUUCGACACAGUUAUUCCAGAAAGAUCGUCACAAACAAGAGAUGUGAUUAUUGCAAGAAGUCGAUGUUAUUCCUGGCUCUGAGAUGUAAAGAUUGCAGGUUUAAAUGUCAUCGAAAGUGUGCCCAGAAUGCCUCACCACGAUGUGUUCUCAGCCUGCCGGGAACCAAACUACAAGCUUCGACCAAGUCACGGCAACAGACUAGGCCAAAACACCGUGCGGUCCAACUUGCCAACCAAGCCGGCACGUCACACGGGAGUCAAACGGUUACAGAGGGUUCCAAAAGGGACGAGAGUUCGUCUCUUGUCAAGCAGUUCCAAUGUAACGACUGCUUUCGACCAGAUGCUGUGGACAUCCGCAGAGCGAGUGACUGCGACGCGUGCAAGAGACUACAAGCUUCCCCUUCGGACAGCCCGACCUACACGAUAGGCGCAAGGACACGAUACUCUGUUCAACCCUACCACGACAAUCAAAUCACCUCAGCUGAUUCCAUCCAAUCAAAAGACUCAACUAUACAACCUCAAACUGCAGUGGGUUUUACAACAACUCAAGGUUACCAUGGAAAUCAGACGAUUACAACGCCCAAAAGACCCACUGCAAAGACACACUGUAAUACACAGCAGGAAGGUCCGUCCUCCAACGUUUCUUCGGUUUCGUGUGGAUACUACUCAUAUAACUCUGAGUGUAGCUCAGAGGUUUUCCAGCAGCAAGAUGAAGACCCUAGUUGUCUCUGUAGCUCUGGGUAUGGGAGGACGUCUACUGAGCUGAGCCGAGCUGAAAGGCAAAGGAAAUGGAGCAGGGGAGAAAGGGCCAAGACGGUGGACGCAACAGUGACACGUAAGAGAGAAGCUGACCUAAGUAAUGCCCUCAUUGCUACAUGGCCACCACAUGGACACUGCAAUUUCAAACCUGAUGCCGAGCCGGAGUCAAUAGAAGACGCCCACCGCAUGUGUGAUUCGCUCGCUGUGUCUAGGUAUACUGGAGGCGUUGAUCACGAUAUCAGAGAGGCAGUAAAAGAAUGGUCGAUUCCACACACUAAUCUGAAGUAUGGUACAUGCCUUCGAGCUGGCAGAAACGGGUCUACGUACAGGGGUAACUGGCACGGGGAGGUUUUGAUCCACACACGGUGUCACGUUGAGGACGUGAACGCCUUCCUGGAUGAAGUGGCCGUACUUAGUAUGAUUAGACAUGAAAACAUUGCACUCUUCAUGGGGGCGUGUCUCGACCCUCCCAACUUGGCUAUCGUCACAUGUGUUCAGAAGGGUCCUUCUCUCUACCAGCACCUCCAUAUCAAACAGAGUAAAUCACCCAUGCACUCUCGGAUCAACAUAGCUCGCCAGAUAGCUCAGGGGAUGGGUUACCUCCAUGCCAGGGGUAUCGUCGUGGGUGAUCUCAACACCAAAGCUAUCUUCCUGGAGUCCAAGGUCAAAUUGUGCCUGACUGGUUAUGACACUACGGACGGCAUGUGCCACAGAGAGGAUUACGCGUCGGUGCCCCAGGGUCACCUGACCUACAUCGCUCCUGAAAUCCUACGCACCAUCCGGGUCCAACCACCGUACAUCAUUGAGGAAGAGCCGCACACAAUGGAAUCAGAUGUUUAUGCUUUUGGGACUGUGUUAUUUGAGCUGUUGACUGCCCAGUGGCCGUUUGCUGCAAUGUUUGCCUGCCCCAACAGCGUCAUAUACCGUGUGUGUACUGGGAAACGUGGAUCACUAACAGGCGUCAAGUGUGUCCCCUCAGUAAAGUGCUUGGUCGAUGACUGUUGGUCACAUGUCCCGAAUGUACGCCCCACCUUUCAAGAGAUCGUCGAUGAACUUAAUCAAAAUGUGGCCUUGGUGAACAUGAAGCACAGCCUGUCAGAACCGGAUUGCCUGAAUAGACUAGGAAGACCUUGGUAGUUUUCGAAUCACGGCCGUAGGUUGGGCAUGGACGAGAGAGGGCGUUUUUGAUCCUGUCGGUCAUUCAACCUUGUUUUCUCGACUGGAUCGUGAGGAACCAAUCUCCUGAACAAUGACCACGAAAUGUUGAGCCCGAACUUGAAUCAUGGGAACGAGAUGAGUUUGGCAUUGUUGGAUCCACUCGUCUGAGCAUGUUUACUCUAGGCCUAUGUGCAUAUUAUGCUUGGGCCUGAACGUCACAGUUUCUAUGACGUCAUCAGCUCCCCGUGAGGCCCAAACUGAAUUGGACAAUGUCAAGGAGCUAGUCAACUCUCAGAACUCGAAGGAGAGUUUUUUCUUCAAUUGCGACCUCCAGUGGUAUGAACUAGGAUACAGCAAAUCGAGCGAUAAUCCCAACUAUUUGAGGCAAAGUGUGUUGACCAUAGUUUAGUUUCCAGCGUCUCUGUCGGACUCCAAGACACUUACAUAAUAGCGUUACAACGCUGGCAAUCGACGCUCACGAAGGAGCCAAACUGAAACUGGGCGUCAUUUCAAUAGAGGAUUAUGACAACCAAUGCAAUUACAUAUAUUGGUGCUGGCUCACCUUUAAUGUUAAAUAGUGUGUCCCAUUAUUAUGGUCAAUGUAAGUUAUGAAAUACAGAUUGGUUUUUAUAGUGGAUAACGAAUGCAUUUCUUUGCAAUUUUCGUCGCUAAGGGUUUAGCAAUUUUGUUGUUGAUCAUUAAUAUGAUCGAUGCUCUGUACUAAUUUAAACUAUGAAGUUUUUUUAGUUUUGCCGAUUAUGUUUUUUUUUCUUGAGGCAUCAAGGUUUUGGUGUUAUUGUAAGAUUGAAUGAUUUAUUGAUUUAUAAAUCAUUAAAAAACACAUGUCGAUAUUAAAUCUGUAUGACUUAUGUUAAGCUAAGCCACUGCCACUAAAAUUGUGCAUUAAUUAAUAAAUGACUGUAUACAACGAAGUAACUUGAUUUGAACCUAUGUAUCAUAACCGCAGCUGAACCUUUUGCGUUACUUUCUGCAUACUGUAUUCCUCGCCUUUACCUAGAAUUUUAACCUUAAAGGAAGGGUAUACUUUUAGUAAUUACUCCAAAAUAAUGACCAUAAAACUUGAUUGAUAAAGAGCACUGGUGGCUGUUGAUAUUAUAAAACAUUGUUAUAGAAACGACACCUUUUUAAAGAAAAGUAGUUUUAUAGGGGUUAGUGUCUACCUCAAAAGCUGCAUCUAAAAGGCUUUAGGCAUGAAGCACACAACUUUGGGUACCAAGGAUGUUUUUUUUUUCGAUGACCAAUUGAGCCCAAACUUUGCGUGGAAGCACACCAAGUGAGGAAACUGGUCUUUGACAAUUACCAAAAGUAUACCCUGCCUUUAAUACUUAAUUUCUGAAAUUCAGAGACAGUUUUCUCGCUGUAAGACAGAGCUGAAGAAGUGACUUAUGUAUUUUUGGGAUUGCUGCAAUUUCUCUUUUUAUGACGUCGAUUCGUACUUUUGCUCUUUCUCUCGUAACUCCAGUUAAUAUAAUCACUAACUUGAGUAAGGAGCAGUACAUUUCGGAGGCCAGAGUUGCGUGUAGUUUAUUGAUAUUUAAAAACUAAACUAUAAAUAAGCAAUUUCUGCUGAGCAGCUUUUUUAAGUUGAGGCUCGGGCCAAAUGUCACACAGCACACAAAUGAGCUAAGCACAAAUUAAAUUAUGCUUACCAGAUUUAGCUUACCAGCCAAGAAACCCAUGUCAUGUGUAUUACUUGUGACUAUAGUAUCCUACUCACUUUUUCGUAGCAGAAAUGUGUUGGGCACUAAAUAAUGAAAGUGGAUCGUGAAAGCUAUUGUAAACUGAUUCCUUGUAGAAUGUUGCUUACGAACAUAUCUCUGCUAAGCAAAAUCAAUGUUGUCCUAAGCGAUUACAACACAACGAAGGAUACGGUUCAUCUAAAGAAGAAAAGAAAGUAGCGCGGUUGUGGCAAUAACGAAUGUAUGCACAGUUUUUUAAAUGUGGAAAUGCCUCUACGUGUGCAACGAUAUGAUGUAGUUGAGUUACCAUGUGACGUUGAAACAAGCGUUAGUUCAUUGUACUAUCGAUUAAUUGUUAAUACAUUGGUCUUUGAUUAUGAUUCCGUUUUAGUGACGCACUUUUGUUGUUAUCGAUACAUGUGGUCAUUUUCCGUGUUACGAAAAACUACAAUCGGGAUUGAUUGGUCUUAAGAUUUGGGGACGAAGUUGACGUGCUAGAUGACGUCAUUGAUACGGAGUUGUCUGUGAUUUCGAUUGUUCGGAAUUGUAAAACAAUAAGUAAUCGAAGGUUAUGUACGCGAAUGAGACAUCCUUCGUUUAUUAUGUUGUCUACAUCAUAGCCUUUCCUGCCAUCAUUUUUUUUUCUUUUCCCCGAACUAUUGAAAUAUGAUAUAAUCAUUCCACGGUUUUCUAAAGCAAUGUUUAAUUAACAUUCCAAACUUGAAGAAAAGGAACAUAUACUAAAAUGUUAAUAUGAAGACAAAACUAUUUUAACUGGAUCGUAAAAGUAGUUCAACGAAAUUUUUCAUUUGUUGGGGUCGGGAACGUUGACAUUAUUGAUGCUUUAAUAUAAACUGUUAUUGUUUAAAAUGAAACGAAAAUAAACCAGUUUCUUAACUAGAAACUUCUAUGAUAAAGCUGUGAUGUGUGUAAACGUUGUUUGAAACGUUGAAUUGUUUGUACAUGAUAGGCUUGGGCGACAUGUCAAAAUUACUACUUGGUUAUUCGCACUUUUAUUAGUCGCGACACUAGUCGCCCAGCCCUAGUUUGUUUGUUUAUUUUAUUUCAAUUAUGUCUACACAGUAGAUUGCAACGGCAUGUGGAAAUGCCAUUGUGUGCAAUCUAAACAAAAAUCUAGCUCAUUCUUUUGUUUGUUGUAAAUAUUAUAUGUAUAGAUAUUAAACCUUGAUUUAAUAACUUUAUGUAAAGUUAACAAAGUAUUUUGAUGUUAUAGGUAUAUAUUACUGUAUGGAGCUAGUUUAAGUAAUAUUGUUAAUUAAUCUGUGGUACUUGUAGUCUAGACAGUGAAGCGUGUACUAUGUUGGUUUAUAUUUUUGAUUUAAAAGUGUUUUGUUGGAUUAAUAUAAUGGACAGCUGUUUUGCGUAACUGGUUUUUCGGCAUUUAAAAGAACCCUUUUCAAAGCCAUGUGAGCACUGUGUGAAUUAAUUUCAAGUGAAAUUAAAUUGUCUCAAAAAUAAACAAUAACAACAAAAGGAACAAUUGUUACGGUGAAAUGAAACAAACACUCGGUGGAGAAUUAUGAAACAUUUAAAUGUGACAGUAAUAAGUAUUUUGAAGGUAAAAUAGCAACGUUAAUUUAAAUUGUACUUUGAUUAAAUUUUGUGACACUGGGAACACA